AUUGUAAUUGUCAGUCAACCUUUCUCCACCAAUUAGAUCAAACUCAACCUUCAUUCUGAACAACUGUAUAUGGCUCUUGCUUCUUUUCAUAGAUUCUCUCACAAAAAAUAAAAAAAAAAACAAAAAACAAAAAAAACCCCAUUAUUCUUCUCUCAAGUUUAAUCUAUUUUCUUAUUUUCUUGGACCGAAUCGCCUUCAACCCCUAAACAUCUCAAACUCAAAGACUGAUUUUUUCUUAAGUCAACUCUGAGGAUGAUGACUUCAUUAUUGGGUUGAGUAGAGAUAUAUUCUAAUAUUGAAGCUAUGGAGAACAUGAAUGAACUAACAUCAUCCUUGAGCUUUGCCUCUUCUUCCUAUAUUUCCAAUGGUUCAAGUACUUGUCACAAUAAUGUAUUAGUCAAUACUGAACCUGUGCAAAGUCUUGAGAAUCUGAGUUUGAGCAAACUCAGUAGCAGUCUUGAGAAGCUUUUGAUUGAUAAAGAAUUUGUUGAGUAUACUGAUGCUGAAAUUGUGGUGGAGGGUGUUCCGGUUAGUGUUCAUCGAUGUAUAUUGGCUUCUAGGAGUCAGUUUUUUCACGAGCUUUUUAAGAAAAAGAAUCCUGAUUCAGUCAAGGAAGGAAAAUCAAGAUAUCUCAUGUCUGAUUUAGUUCCAUAUGGAAAGGUUGGAGUUGAGGCCUUUGAUGUUUUCUUGAACUAUUUGUAUACUGGAACUGGAAAGCUUAAGGCUUCACCAGAAGAAAUUUCAACUUGUGUGGAUGAAAACUGUGCUCAUGAUGCUUGUCCCCCUGCUAUAAAUUAUGCUGUGGAAUUAAUGUAUGCUUCUGCUACUUUCCAAAUGAAAGAGCUUGUUUUGCUUGUUCAGCGUCGACUUUUGAACUUCGUCGAGAAAGCUUAUGUAGAAGAUGUAAUCCCAAUUCUUGUGGCUGCUCACCACUGCCAGCUGAAGCAGCUGCUCUUACAUUCCAUUGAGAGAGUGGCAAAGUCAUCUCUAGAUGAUGUUGUUUUAGAGAAAGAGCUUCCUCUUGAAGUCUCUAGUGAAAUCAAAUUAUUGCGACGAAAAGCUCAAAAAGAGGGUGGUGAUGAUGAUGAUGAUGAAGAACAACAAGAUACUGCAAUGGAGAAUGCGGUUCAAUUACAAGACAAGAGAGUUGGGAGAAUCCUCAAAGCUUUGGACUCUGAUGAUGUUGAAUUAGUUGAGCUUCUUCUUAAGGAAUCUGAUAUUACACUUGAUGAUGCAUAUGCUCUCCACUAUGCUGUUGCAUACUGUGAUCCUAAGGUUGUGAAGGAGGUUCUUGGUCUAAAUUUGGCUGAUGUCAAUCUCAGAAAUCCCAGAGGACUUACAGUGCUUCAUGUGGCUGCAAGGCGCAAGGAACCAUCAGUGAUUGUAGCGCUUUUGGAUCGAGGAGCCUCUCCCAAAGAUACUACUCCUGAUGAUCAAACUGCUGUUACAAUCUGCAGAAGGUUAACUAGGCCAAAGGAUUAUCAUGAAAACACAUGUAAUGGACGUACAAAAAGGGGAGAGGAAUCUAACAAAGACCGAAUAUGCAUCGAUGUUCUAGAGAGGGAGAUGAGACGAAGCUCUAUAGCUGCAAACAUGUCAAUGGAAACUGAGCCUGUUGGUGAUGAUUUGGUUGCAAGGCUUGUCUACUUUGAAAAUAGAGUGGCAUUUGCAAGACUGCUGUUCCCAGCUGAAGCCAGGCUAGCCAUGGAGAUGGCAGAUGCUCACUCAACUUCAAUGUACACAACAAGCCUUUCAGGAUCAGGAGGCUCAAAUGGAAACUUAAAGGAAGUUGAUUUAAAUGAAAGACCUGCUGAAAGGACAAGACGACUCAGAGCAAGAUUGCAGGCCCUCAUUAAAACAGUGGAAAAGGGUCGACGAUUCUUCCCACACUGCUCGGAAGUUCUUGAUAACUUUUUAGACUACGAAAUAGACAUGCCUGAUGUCUAUGUUCUAGAAAAAGGCACACCCGAGGAGCAGGCUAAGAAGAAGACGCGCUUCAUUGAGCUGAAAGAGGAUCUGCAAAAAGCUUUUUCGAAAGACAUGGAAAACAGCCGGUCUGGCUUGUCGUCUUCAUCCUCUUCUUCCUCUUCUCAGAAGGAGGCUGCAAACAAUAGGGUCCGAAAACGGAAUAGUUAGUUGAUUGUGAUUUGAUAUGAUAUAUUUUUUUUGGUCCUUUAGAAAGAAUUCAUUAGAGAGUUUGCUCAUUUUUUUUUUGGUUGAGUUUUCGUUUCUUCUUCUUGAAUAACCUUUUGUUGUUGUAGCUUUUUUCUGUAUAAUAUAAAAUAUAGCAAGAGAUGAUAAAGCUUAGGCCUUAGAGUGCCUUGCAAACACAUGAGCUGUAUAUUUGGUCUCAUAAAAUUGAUACAAAGCAUUCAAAGUCUUAGCCUGAAAA